AUGGACCGAGGUGGUGAUUCCGCGUUAUUUGACGCUUUACAAGGCAUCUUGCCCGAACAGACCCUCACCCUCAUCCAAGCCCACAUGCAGGACCCACAGACCGCCCUCCGAGCCAUAUGGCAACAGACCACUACCCUCACACAAAAAGCAACCGCGACACUAUCACCUGUUCUUGCGCCUCUCGUCCAGCGCGGCAUGCAAGCUCUACACGACUCCCCCGACCUAGUCGUCCUCGCCUUCGUGCUAGCUGCCUUCGUACUCGUCAUCCAGGUCAUAUCGUUCGUACACCGCACCAUGAUGUACGUGACGCGUCUAGCUUUCCGACUUAUGGGCUGGGCUCUAUUCUUCGCCCUGUUGGCCUUUAUAUGGCGUCGGGGCCCUGAAGCCACAAUCCGAGACGUGGUCGUCUUCGUUAGCAAGCUAGCGGGUUAUGCGUCUCUUGUCAAGGAUAUCUGGUGGUCUGAAUACCAGAAGUUCGACGCUCAGACCAAGCGCGGUGGAGCCCCUGCUGGGACCCGAGGAGCACCUUCGGGAGGUUACACUAGGUCGAGAAAUAGUGCUUGGUGA